AUGACUAAGCGGGCGAAGAUGGCGUACUAUGCCGCCACCGAUGACCCCUCGCUCCCAUCUACGUCAUCCCUCGUAACGGAGUCGUCCCCCGAACCAUCGAUGCCGCACCUUAGCCCUGAAGUGAGCAUUGGUAGGUGUUAAAUGGUAUGCUAUAAGACAAUGUAGACGAUGACCAGGUUGCAGAUGACAGCUCGAACCCGUUCAGUGGCAAUUGCUUCUUGACAGAUUUGAGGGAAUUCUGCUUAAGUGUCCAACUACCGCAAGCAACAUUCAAGUUGUUGUUCCAAUUUUUGCGGAAAUACCACCCAGAGGUGCCCAAGGACCCGCGAACUCUCAUGCAGACACGGCGAGCAUGCGUUACUGAGUCCCUCUCUAACGGCAGCUACGUCCACCUGGGCCUUAAACGCGGUCUGUUAGAUGAGCUUCAACUUCGACCUUCGGCUUUGUUCCCGAAAAUACGGGUUCAACUCCACAUUGACGGAAUGAAGCUAUUUAAAGGGUCUGGCCAGUGUCUAUGGCCAAUCCUCGGUCGAGUCAGCUAUCCUGUCCGUGGACUGCCGUUUGUUGUUGGAGUGUUCUCUGGUUCCGGCAACCCUGAGCCUUUGGGUGUAUUUCUUGGUCAGUGCAUCUCAGAACUGAAGGAUAUUCUGACCAGCGGACUUCAGGUCCCGGAUACGGACGCUGUAGUUAGAGUUGAGCUGGCCAACGUCAUCUGCGACACACCUGCUCGGUCCUACGUCCGGCAAGUAAAAGCGCAUAAUGGCUAUUACGGCUGCGACAGGUAAUUGCUAUAAUCGACGAAAAUGUAAUCCUCCUAGGUGUUGUCAUAUGGGUAGGUCCGUGGCAAACCGCAUGAUCUUCCCCGUACACAGCGGGCGUCUGCGGGAUGACAGAUCAUUCCGCACGAGAAGUCAGGAGCAGCACCAUAAAGGCACCUCACCUUUCGAGGACCUGCCUAUUGAUAUGGUUGCUACGUUUCCAAUUGACUACAUGCAUCUCGUUUGUCUUGGUGUCAUUCGGAAGCUCCUGCAUAUGUGGCGGCUUGCAACGGGGAAACAGUCAAUUACUAUUAAUGAGUCUAUUAAACAAUGCAGUCAAUGUCUGCCUGCUGAAUUUUCCCGCAAGUGCAGACCUCUUGACUGUCUUGAAUACUGGAAGGCUGCAGAAUACCGGCAGUUCCUACUGUACAUCGGUCCUGUAGUCCUUGCUAACCAUCUCAAUUCCUCCCAUUAUGAACAUUUCCUUCUUUUGUUUGUUGCCGUUUUUAUAUUUUCCCAUCGCAUUUUGCAUAAAUCCCUCAUUGGUUUUGGACGUAUGCUAUUAGAUAAAUUUGUUUCUGAUUUCCCAAUCUUGUACAGUCCUGCAGAUCUUGUUCAUAAUGCUCAUUGUUUAGUCCACCUCCAUGAGGACGUUAGUCGUUUUGGAGUUUUGGACAAUUUUUCUGCCUUCCCUUUUGAAUCUUUUUUACAAACCCUUCGCGGUACCAUCAAGGGUCCAAGUAAUGUUAUGGCAAUGCCGUAAAGACCACUGGUCCCGUAUUUAACUCCAUACUCGCCCCGAAAUCUGUCGUAGAAGGGAUCUACAUUACCUCAAACAGGCAAUGUCUUCGGGUCCGGGCAUAAUACCUGCCAGAUCGUUGAAGGAAUUGGCGAACGAACUCUCCAAACCACUUGCACUUGUUUCCCUUUCGGCGUUCGAAUUAGGAAGGUUGCCGUUGGAAUGGACGGCAGCAAGGAUGAGGCUGGCGUUACUGCUAACAACUAUCGGCCUGUAAGUGUCACCUGUAUAUGCCGUAAGAUAAUGGAUGCCAUAGUUAGGAAAGCAACAAUGAAUUUCCUGAAACAGAACCACUAACUCUCAGCUCUGCAGCACGGCUUCAAACGGAAAUGCUCAUGCCUUUGCAGAUUAUUGCUCUCGACUGAGCAAUGGGUUCGUAAACUGGAUGAGGAUGGUAGUGUCGAAGUCAUCUACACGGACUUCAAGUAGGCGUUCGACAGCGUCCCGCACAAGCGCCUAAUCUACAAACUUUCUGAAAUUGGGAUAAGAGGAUAGCUGCUGACAUGGAUAACAGAUUUUCUUACAGGGAGAUCACAAACCGUGUGCGUUGGGGCCUCGAGGUCAACUUCUUAUGUCGUUCUGAGUGGUUAUAGUUUCUAGAACUGCCCCGGUCGAUCAAGGGCAGGACAGAAACGUCGUUCUGAAGAUGGAACCGACGUUAAAGUCAGCGCAAUCUGCGACGAAAGGGUAAGGGUAGGAAAACCUCAUCCCCAAUGUUAAUAAUUUUCUUAGGGGGGAACAAAACGAGAAAUAAGCGGAUCCAAAAUUUCGUACAGUUUUGCAGUGCAAACAUUUACAUCACAACUAAGGAAGAAAUCAAUCCAGUCAUAGGAAUUAAGGUGUGUUAAUAAUUCGGUUAAGCGAGUUGAUCGGAAAUCGCGGAAAAUGCUAUACUUUGGGGACAACGUUUUGUCAGCCUCGAAUUCCAAUGUUGAAGCAACUAUGUCAUGGUCUGAGCCCCCGAGUGGGCCUAGGGAUGACGCAGACGAAUGCAUGCAACCUCUAGAGAAAAUCAGGUCAAGUAUGCUUGAUCCUCGGGUGGGAAAGUCGACAACCUGAGUACACAUCCCAGCAUCCACAGCCUCAACAAUGUCUUCAAACCUUCUGGGGCUUGAAGGCGGAAACCAGCAGACUUCAGGGAGAUUAAAGCCACUCUCAACCAAUUGAUACUUAAAGCUUAGGUCGUCCGCAGCAUGAAAUGCCUGUGAGAGUAAAUGAAAUUGGCGUUGGGAGGGUGAUAGACGCGGCUAACGAGUAAAGCGAAGUUAUAUUUUAGUGCAACUUGGAGCCAGGCGUAUUCACUCGCGUUGGCAUGCCAGCUUGACCGCGAAAUUCAUAGGGCGGGGAUGUGGGACGAAACUGGCCAGCCGUCCAUCUGAUGCAAAGCGGGCAAUCGAUACCAAUCGAGUUAUAUCGAUUUUGCCCUUCAAACUUAGAUAGGUAGACAGCAAAUUUUACCGUUUGAUAUAGUAAACAAUAGUAAGAAAUGUCUAACAUGAAAGGGAGUCAGGAUUCCUGACAAAACAGUAACACCGACAUUCAGUACAUUCAGACAGUUUAAACUGUCUGAUCUCGAUGGCUUUCCCUGAUUCCUUGUCACUUAAACAUUAACCUCGUUGAGAAAAUUCACUCAGUUGGUAUAAAUUUGCUGAACGUCACCUAUUGCCUUCAAUAUCGAUGGCCCACUUAGACCGCGGAUUUUUAAGCGACGAGUCCUAACUUACAAAAUUAGCAACUUCUCCACUACAUUAUGAAAUUUAGGUUGCUGGCGGGGUCGCUUACAUAGGCACAGUUUGUUUUGUUACAAAGAGUUGAUCCCGCCAUCAAGUCAGCCUAUGCCAUCGCGUAAUAAGUUUGAUUUCUGAACGUGGUCGGAUCGCGCGAAAGUAGAUGCUCUAAGUUGCAUCGAAGGAGCGUAAACUCUGCUUUAAUUCAUGCCGAUUUGUAUCAUUGACUCACUGUGCGGCUUCAGCACUUGCAGACAAAAAUUCUUGUUCACUAUUGUGUGAUAAGGAACAAAGUAUACGUUAUAGGUUUCUUUGCUGUCUAAGAAACAUACCGGCAUAGACUUCAGAUUUAACUUCAUUCGCGGUCAAAAAACACUUACUGGAAGUGUUGAAUAGAGCUUUACUGUCACGAUCGCUGCCCGCUACAAUGGUUUCUAUCUAAUGUAUAAUGUUAACAUACCUAGCGGGGCCGCGCAGCGCUGCCAACACACUUGCAUACAAAGGAUAAUUUUAGUUUUUUCUGCCUUUCUCCUCCUCCAACACACCUAUCACCGAUGCCACAUAAGUAAGAAUAUGCUGAUGCGUCUAGAUUCAGGCUUACGCCGCACCAUUGAUUUUUGCCCGAUCCCUCCUCCGGGACAAAGUGGGAGGGGGAGGCGAGUGCGGUAAAUGCAGAAAGAAUCGACUAACACUCGAAAUCACAUCACAUGAUGGACACCGUCGGUGCCGGCUGCCAAAUUGUCGUAUGUGGGUCAGCGACGAUGUAUGCUGAGAGGCCUCCUUCUGAACCGGCGCCUUAAAUGUUGAAUCGCCUCAAACUGAUUCAAUAAUGAGCGGACGAAAUAAAAACUCUGUAAGGUGUUGAGGGUUUUUUUCUUAAGGCUUCAUGACCACAUUGUUAUCGUGUUGGUAAUCUGGUUUAGGGUUAUAAAAUAAACGAUGGCAAUGACGCAAAUACUACAGAAUGUCUGUCAGUGGUUGAAUGGUUGCAUGCGAAUUAUUCUGAGAAAUCAUGCCGUAUUCGGCGGAAGAAACGGUCAAUUGCACAGUCUGUAGUGUGGUCAUUAGUGAGCUUAGUUGAAGCCAUGCAUAGGACACCGACUGAACAUACUGCCAACGAAAACAGCGACAGUUGUUUAUUUUCUAGUAUGGUUAUCACUAUGGCCACUGUUCGAGUGCCGCGUGUUCCAUGUAGGGUUGAUCCUCAAUGUAAGGCUUUCUGGUGCCCAUUACAGACCCACAAUUCCUCCAAAAUCAUAACGGUUGUACGUUUCUUUCUUUUUAAAAAUUUUACUAUCAGAAUUGACUACAUCUGACCGAAUGUUUAGUCACCCGGUCUUGCGCAUUCAAUGGCCAACCAGGAGACUCAGUCAUUUGAGGACGAAGUGGCACUUGUACGAUGUCUUCCCGAGUUAAACAACCUUCGUAUGACAGACGAACUGACCGAUAUGACUAUAGAGGUAAGUUUAUAAAUAAACUUCACUGUUCUCUUCUUAUUUCAAGCUACAGGACGACGUUUUGCUGCAUGUACACAAAUUAGUUUUGGUCUGCAGAGUACCCUCCCUACGUGAAUCCUUAUGUACAAUGCAUACGCAAAAGAAGACUGCCCUUCAGUGGCCAAAGGUUUCCUCCGAGUAAUCACUCGUGCUAUAUUACGACUACCGCGCAGAGUCGCUAAACCACUAAUCGACUAUGUGUACACAGGCCAGCUGGAAGUCAAUGAGGCCAAUGCUACUGGUCUGAUUGUUCUGUCGCAGCAACUCGUAAUGCCUCAGGUGGAAAAGUGGGCUGCGAGUUUUAUGGCCGCCAGGUAGGUGUUAUCGAGCUCUCAUGAACUCCCAGGUUUAACUCCGAAAACAUAAAAAAAUACUGGGACCUCGCAGAGUUGCUUAAGAGCGAACAGCUAAUGAACGCCUGUCUUCAGCACAUAAAGACAAACUUUGAAGCCACGGUUGCAAGUGACUUCUUCAUCCAGCUGCCAGCUGACGCUGUCUUGUCGAUACUGCGUGCUGAUGACCUCAUAGUGGACAGUGAGGAGAGCGUCCUCAAAUCGAUAGGGGUUUGGGUAAGUUCACCUGGCGAAGUUGAAGAAACCCGACUGGUGCACGCGGAGGCGAUGCUGCGGGAAGUGCGAUGGAACCAUGUUGAUGCAGACUUCAGAUCCGGAUUGUUAAAUGAAGAAGGCUUUUGGAAUAAAAGUAUGGAAUGUUUGUAAGUCGUGGAUGCGCUUUUAACCUUCUUACUGUUUAAGUAAACUUCUAGCUCGCGUGAUUGCCUGGAUCGAACAUCCGUCCUCGAGAGUGGAUGGAGAGUGUCCGUUUAAUGAUAAACGCAGAAGGUCAGUGGGUGGCAUCUGCCUCAUCGGCACCGCAAAAACGGGCCGGAAGUGCUUUAUCGAGUACGAUGUUGACGCAAACACUUCGAAGCCACUAGCAGUUUUAACGGGUUCAUCUAGCGCGGCCUUCGUGGCCAUUGAGAGUGAGUCCCGUUCAUUUGAACUUUUGAUAGGACUGUCAGCUGUUAUACCUGUCUUUGUUUAUUUUUGACUGUCACCUGGAAUCGAUGUGGAACGCGGACUUGUAGAGUGCUAGUCGUUAAGUGGCGUAUGCCGUGAUUGCAUGCGAGAAGGCGCAUUCGGAUGGUCGGGUACGACUGUGUGAGACAGGUAUGUCGGCGCUGAAAUCGGUCGAGUGGCCUCAGGUCAGCGCGUGUGAAACGGCUCGCUGCAGGGGGCUGAAUGACCUUGAGGCAGCGAGGCCUUGAACGGGGACGCCAGGCAGCCAUGAUGGCUGUCGACAACACUGAUAUUCUCCCGACCAAUAUCACAUGCUGUUUUAAACGUCCUUGAUUUUGCCCUAGCAACUGUUAUCCAUCCGCUGUGUACUUGCCUACUGAACCCAGCUCCCGUGUGCCAACCUUUGCAGCCAUCUGUCUGCCGUUGUUUUGGUCAGACAUUCGUAUGGCGGCAAAUUCAUAAGGGUUGGCAAUGUUUUGCAUGCAAAAAGACUGCCUGCUUACAUUCUUUCAUAUCGAACGCGAUUAAUCGGAGCGUGCUGCUGUCUAGAGUGUCAGAUGGACCGUUCUACGCUUCCAAAAUUACAAAUGAUUGCGUUUCGCCUGUUAUCCCCAGCGUUGGUGUGGUGACGACGAUGGUUUUUGACAUGCUCUUGUCUUCUUUCCGUAACACGCAGAUUCACCCACUAAAUUUCUGCGCAGCACGUUUUCAUCAACCUGACAGAGUUUGUGUAAACCGGAUAUUCACCGUAAAACAAAUUCCCCAUUUGCGCGAAGAUCAGCUCACAAAAUUUCUGCCCAAAGGCGCAGCAUGUUUUCAUCAACCUGACAGAGUUUGUGUGGACCGGAUAUUAACCUUCAAACGUGAAAGGCGGUUGUCUGCCUUUUCACCUUCGCGCAAAGCAUCAGCACGAGCCGUGGGAGACUGCUCCCAUGCUUCUUAACUGAAUGCCUCCCGUCGCAUGGAAAUAAGUGAAGAAAAUGGUUUUUCGUCUUCUCUUGUACUUUUCUCCAUUAGCCAGAACAUUGAAUUUUUUAUCGCUGCUGGCGUUCAGCAAGCUUACGCCCCGCCUCACCGGCGAUUUUAAGCCGCGCGAUGGAAGACACAUGCUGCGCAUAGUCAUGCAACUUCUGGCUAGAACGCUUUUGCCAUUGUAUAAGCCUGUGGUACAAGAGUGGAAAUCGUUUUAAUACAGCAUAGCUGUGCCAGAUCCAUCGACUUCAUGAGAACACACAUUGUGGGGUAAUUUAUCGUCCUUAAAUCUAUAUUUUCUCGCAUAGUCGGCGCCUUUCGUUGAUAUCCUUUACACUCGUUUUCGUAUCUCCUAAAUUCGCUCCUUAUUGCAUUGGAAACAGGCUGCAUCUUCGCGAUUGGAGGAGAUCAAAACGACGGCAGCUUUCUAAAUGUUGACAAAUUUGAUAGGAAGGAACUUCGGUGGAAAGAAUGUGCGCCGCUCUCCACGGAACGGAUGUACCAUUCGGCAGUUGCCGUCCGAGUCGGGCAGGAAAAAGUGAUUUGUGUCUUCGGGGGAAGCAACAGGCAGAACGAGUGUCUUGACACUUGUGAAGUCUACUCUCCACAGGAAGACAAGUGAGUCUGCUGGGUGUCGUAGCCGCAUAGUAAAGUACAUGGUGAUUGUGUUCACCGCCUAAAAUGGGACAGGCUUGAAUGAAUUUUUCUUCCAUAUGGGAUGGUCGUAAGUCAACGGUGCUCUUCUCUCAGACUCGAAGCCUGAGGGCAUUAGGCACUGCAUUAAUACACCGCGUCUAUUCGCCGAUUAAUCUCCUGUCUUAACUUUGCCUCUCUUUGCUAAGACUUGGCUUUAGUCAAAGGCAAUUUUCUACCGCCAUUUAUGUGAUCUUUCAUUUUCUGGCCGGAGCUCCAUUUGAUGUUUGACACUCAGAAAGUUCUAUGGCGUAGCUUAACAGUCUACUUCUUCCAUAUUCUUUCUCAGGUUCAUAGGCGUUAUUUGUAAGCUCAUUGAGGAUUUAGCUAUCGUGAUUUGGCAGUUUUGCUGAAAGUGUACAUUUGGUCCAAGAAUGCAUGAAAUACAGAUUUGCUGAAAAUUUCCACUAAAGAAGUACUAGCAUACCGCUCAAAACGCGAAGUUUUCCGAUGUAGCCAACUGCAACAGAGCGACUGUUACCGCACUGGACACUUUCCUGAGAAGAGCGGUCUGAUUGAAAUUCGUGGUUAAGGACGGCGACCUACCGGUAAGAUUUGAGGCACUAAAUCCUGUUGAAACCUCCAGAAGUAGAGCAAUUUUUGGUGCUUUUAUCCUACUCUGUUCGACCCUACACCCCCCCCACUCUCCGUGACCUAAAUAGUGGCCCUGCAAAGUAAAGCUAGGCUUCGAUGCGAGAUCUCAAAUAUCUUACUAGAUAGACUGUUAUGAAGUUAAUACUAGAGCUAUUUCAGUCUGUACCUCAGUUCUGGGUAGGCCCGAAUAGUUUGAUCGGGUGAGAUCCUAGAUACCAAAACUGCCCGCAUUAAAGAAGCUUACUUAGUCGUGGAUAUCCUGCAUGCUUCGUUCAAAAAAAUACAGCCACCAUUUACGGCCAAAAUUAACGGGUAGCUAUUAGAGUCUGAUCCACUUUUCAAAUGGGGACAGAGUUUUUAUAUCAUCAGACAACCCCCCCCCCCUCAUGUAACGUCUUUAAACGCGCUUUUUGUCGACUUAAACUUCGUCAAACUGGCCCUGCUGACUAGAUUGAUUUCAUAAGUGGGCCACCGUUGCAGUGACCGAACUGAGUUACCCUUUUUACCGUUUCCUUCAUUUUAGAUGGUAUAA